CUUUUUUCCGGCGGGGUUUUAUCAACAAGGAGAGUCAAGCAUUUUGAUGUCGAAAAUUAUUCAUACUGAGGCUGGACUUGAAGAUGAAGAUGGCUCCUUCACUACGUAGGUCUGAGCGGUGGAACUGCGUUUUGUCGUUUCUCUUCCACCUGCUCUCCCGCUGGAACAGAAACUCGUCGUUUUUUCUUACCUUCGCAGGAGUUCUUGUAAACGCACAGGAACAACAUCAAGAUGACCAGCAGCUCCCGCCGCAGCACCACCACGGACUCCUUGACCCCACUCCGAACAAACUCUACCGCGGCUGCCAGCUUUGUCAGGACAUUCCGGAAGUGCUGGCGGAUAGUUUCUUCUUCGACAGUAAGGACUGCAUGUGGCCGAAGAAGCGCGUUGUCGAAAAAACCGACACGGUGGUCUCUUGCACGCUGCUCUCCUGCGUGGCGGUGUACCUCCUGUGUGGCACGGAGAAACUGACCAACGAAAACCCGCUAUCCUGAGCAAAAACGUCCCCACCGCAGAGUUGUCAUGCAGAUUUCCAGUCACAGGAAGAUUUGUAAUGCGCGUCCCCAUGAGAGGCAUCGCAUUGCCAAUCGUGUUUUAGACUUUGUAAUGCUCGAAACAGGAUGAGUAGAUAGAUUUGUGUUGCGGUUGUACUUGCUACACUGCACUACAAUAGAGAUACGAACUUGUCAUGCUUCACUCCCAAAACUUCUCGAUUUGUGUUGCAAAAUCCCCAUCUCGGUCUGGUGUGGGGACGUUUUUACUCAGGAUAUCCGCUGGACCGGCUCGCUUUGGAGCUGCCGAGGUUUUUUAUCGACUACUACCAUAAACUGCUUGUUUCCGGGAAAAGAAUGGCGCUGGCGAAAAUGGCAGCCUCUGACGACGAUGAGGAGAUGAAAAUGACGGAUCCGGAAAACAAGUUGAAGCUCAUAUGCACAGCGCAAAAGCAUCGUACUAAGUAGAAAUCGCAUUACAAAUUCGAUCAGCAUGUUGACAAGUGGAAUUUGCCAUGCUGUUUUACCUUGGGAUGCAGAUUUGUUUUUGUAAUGCAUGAUUGCGAUUACUACUUCUUUUGCACGGGAUACCUCAAACCGAUCGACGACAGCAUUCCGGUGAUUAUCGCGAAUCGAAUGAAAGACUUACUGGUUUCGAAACUCCCGGAACUCCAUUUGUACAAGCAAACCUACAGUUCCUUCUCCGAUAGCACAAAGUUCCACGCGGGCGGGUUUCUCGCGCCGGAGAUGCUGACACUGGUGGAAAAUCUGGUGAAUUUUCGCCGUUUGUUCCAGUGGAGGUUUAAUUUUCUCAACGUCGCGUGCCUUAUUGAGAGGAAAAAUCCCCCCUCCCCAUAUUGAAACGGCAUGCUUCCGAAAAUUUGUGUUGCUGAUUUGAGGUCACAAAUCACAUUUGUUUUGCAAGAAGACAAGGGCAGAAGCUUCCGCCCCAUUAUGGAAGCGAUUUGUCAUGUUGUUGGGCCUAAAGGGAAGCCGCUUGCCAUGCUGAACAACUAGACGCAUACGCCCCUACCUAGCCUGGGGAUCUGUCUGCAAUGCUUUCCUGCAAUACAAAGCUGAUUUGUGUACUCAAAUCCAGCAUCAGAGAUUUCGUUUUGAUAUGGGGAGGGGGGAUUUUUCCUUUUGAUAUGCCUCCGGUGGUCGUUUAUGGAAGGGUGCUCACCGGAUAGGAUUGUAUUUGAGAACAAAAUAUGCAUUGCAAAUAUGUCUGGGUCUGGAAGGAUGCAACUUCUGAUGCUGUCUUCGCAUUCUAAACAAAUCUGUGCUGCAUGACCAGCACGACGCGUCGACUUUGUACCACGCGGAGAGGGCAUUUGUCAUGCAGUAUAGUACGCUGCAUCAGAAAGCCCUCAAAAAGCCUGUGAUGCUAGGGCAUGCAUCACAAACAUCAUGGGUCAUGCAAAAUGUGCAUGACAAGUUCCAGACCCAGACAUAUUUGCAUUUGAUACAAAAUACCACGGUUUUACCGGGUGAAGGUCGUGACGGAUCUGUUGAAGUCCAUGUGGUAUGCAUUGCAAAAGUAUCGUACUUGUACUAAUUGCAGUUAUGCAUUACAAAUCUAGGCGUUGAGGGAAAUCCGCAUUACAAAUUUCAUUUCUCAUGCUGAGGAUAUUUGUAAUGCAUUUAUUUAUACGAGUGCGAUACUUUUGCAAUGCAUAUGUGGCUACGGAAGGUGGAGGAGAAAGAGCAGAACCAGGGGGAAAAUAGAAUUCUAGAAGCAGGGGCCGCCGCAGGGUCAAGAAGCACUUCUAGAAGCCACCACGACGAUUAUUCACAUAAUUCUAGGGCAGUCCCCUGGUACUUCGAUAAUUCCAAAUACGACUACCACGACGAGAGAGUCUUCCCCUCUGAACCAAGCGCGGAGGUGAUGCAGGACAGCAUCGCGCACGGACUAGAAUCCCAAUACGUGAAGCAAACGGUUUUGAAAUUUGUCGAGGUCGGGGUGUUUCAGGGUCGGCUAGCAUACAGUGUGCUGAAAACCUGUCCAUUUGUGGAGUAUUUCGGCGUGGACCCGUACAAGUUCGAAGCGGAGGACUACGAGUUUCAGGGGCUGUUCACAGACCAGAUUGAAGAAAAAAAGGAGAAGGAACAAGGGAGUGUUGAUAACGGCGGAACAACGCCUGGGGAGGCACUUCCAGAGUCAGCGACAGCAUCUUCUUCUUCUUCGACAACACCAGGGGAACAAGACCUUUCGGAAGUAGAUGAAAACGCCGCUGCAAAAACUAGUACCGAAUCAGAAGAGGAGAAAAAGCAGUCUUUCGCCCAAGCAUUAUUAGAAGCGCGGAACGGUGCCCGGAGCAAGAUCGGGUUUUUCCAGAAACGGGCUCGGCUGCUGGAGAAGACGAGUGAGGAGGGGGCGCGGCAGAUGAAAAGGAUACUGUUUGAAAGUGGCGAUACUGAUACAACACGAGCUCCUGCAACUGACGGCGCCGACGAAAAUGGUUUUAACACUGCAAGAAUAAAUGCACCUUCUGCCUCCAUAGAUUUCGUCUUCAUCGACGGCGACCAUCGGUACGAGGCGACCUUCAACGACAUUACAUAUUGGUACCCGCUGGUGAAGGAGAAAACGGGGAUUAUUGGCGGCCACGAUUUCGGGUCGAAUAUAGAGGUGACAAAGGCUGUCAUGGAUUUCAUGCGGCUAUACUUGCCCGAAGACUGGAAACUCUAUGUAGACGCAGAUUGGACCUGGUUUUUUAUAAAACCUGAUCUUGGACGAG